GCCGCUCCCGGUUCGGCCCUUUGUGUUCCCGCGGCGGAGGCUCCGGCCUCGCGGGCUUUGUGGAGGCGGCGGGCGCUCGGUACGGGCUGCGUGGCGGGAAGGCGGGCGCGCGCUUCUGCGGCCCGGCUAGUUCAUUGAAAGCUGUCAGCCCCCUCAGGGUGGUGGUUCCUAUCAAUAUGAAUCUUUUCAACUUGGACCGUUUUCGCUUUGAGAAAAGGAUUAAGAUUGAGGAAGCUCCCGAAGCAGCCCCUCAGCCCUCCCAGCCCGGUCCUUCGUCACCAAUUUCAAUUAGUGCUGAAGAGGAGAAUGCUGAAGGGGAAGUUAGCAGGGCAAACACCCCAGACUCAGAUGUAACUGAAAAAACAGAAGAUUCUAGUGUUCCAGAACCUCCAGACAAUGAAAGAAAAGCAAGUUUAUCAUGUUUCCAAAAUCAAAGAGCAAUACAGGAAUAUAUUGAUUUAUCAUCUGAUAGUGAAGAUGUUUCUCCAAAUUGUUCCAGUACAGUUCAAGAGGAAAAAUUCAGCAAAGACACAGUGAUUAUAGUUUCAGAGCCAUCUGAAGAUGAAGAAUCCCAUGACCUUCCUUCUGUUACACGAAAAAAUGACAUUUCAGAACUGGAAGACCUUUCGGAAUUGGAAGAUCUUAAAGAUGCUAAGCUUCAGACACUGAAGGAACUGUUUCCACAAAGAAGUGACAGUGAUCUUCUAAAGUUGAUUGAAUCAACAAGCACUAUGGAUGGAGCCAUUGCUGCUGCCUUGCUGAUGUUUGGUGAUGCAGGUGGUGGACCCAGGAAAAGAAAGUUAUCAUCUUCUUCUGAGGAGGAUGAAGUUAAUGAUGAUCAGUCUUUAAAAAAGCCUCGAGGGGAGCGUGGAGAAGAAUCAAAUGAAUCUGCAGAAGCUAGCAACAACUGGGAAAAGCAAGAAAGUAUUGUGUUGAAAUUGCAAAAGGAAUUCCCAAAUUUUGAUAAACAGGAAUUAAGAGAAGUGCUUAAGGAGCAUGAAUGGAUGUACACAGAAGCCUUGGAGUCUCUGAAAGUGUUUGCGGAAGAUCAAGAUGUGCAGUGUGCUUCACAAAGUGAGGUUACAAAUGGAAAAGAAGUUUCAAGGAAUAAAAAUUAUUCUAAAAAUGCAGCUAAAAUAAAGAUGAAACAGAAAAUUUCCAUGAAACCACAAAAUGGCUUUAACAAGAAACGUAAGAAAAAUGUAUUUAAUCCUAAGAAAGCCGUAGAGGACUCUGAGUACGAUUCAGGUUCUGAUGCUGGGAGUUCACUGGAUGAGGACUACAGUAGUUGUGAAGAAGUGAUGGAGGACGGCUAUAAAGGCAAAAUUCUUCACUUCCUUCAAGAUUCUUCGAUUGCUGAACUGACUUUGAUUCCUAAGUGUUCUCAGAAAAAGGCUCAGAAGAUAACAGAACUCCGGCCCUUUAAUAAUUGGGAAGCCCUGUUUACAAAGAUGUCCAAAAUCAAUGGCCUAUCUGAAGAUUUGAUAUGGAAUUGUAAAACGGUAAUUCAAGAAAGGGAUGUAGUUAUAAGACUUAUGAACAAAUGUGAGGACAUUUCAAAUAAAUUGACCAAACAAGUUACCAUGCUCACCGGAAAUGGAGGUGGAUGGAACAUAGAACAACCCUCCCUUCUAAACCAAAGUUUGUCACUCAAGCCCUAUCAGAAGGUUGGUUUGAAUUGGCUGGCAUUGGUGCAUAAGCAUGGACUUAAUGGCAUUUUGGCAGAUGAAAUGGGCCUAGGAAAAACCAUUCAAGCCAUUGCAUUCCUGGCAUACCUCUUUCAAGAGGGUAAUAAAGGACCCCAUUUGAUUGUUGUUCCAGCCUCCACCAUAGAUAACUGGUUAAGAGAAGUUAACUUAUGGUGUCCUGCUUUAAAUGUGCUCUGUUACUAUGGUUCUCAAGAAGAGCGUAAACAAAUUAGAUUUAACAUCCAUAAUAAAUAUGAGGAUUACAAUGUAAUUGUUACAACAUAUAAUUGUGCAAUCAGCAGCUCUGAUGACCGCAGUCUCUUUCGACGACUGAAACUGAAUUAUGCAAUUUUUGAUGAAGGCCAUAUGCUGAAGAAUAUGGGCUCUAUCCGCUACCAGCACCUAAUGACAAUUAAUGCACGUAACCGUUUACUGCUCACGGGCACACCUGUGCAGAACAAUCUGCUAGAACUCAUGUCAUUGUUGAAUUUUGUUAUGCCACACAUGUUUAGCAGUAGCACCAGUGAAAUCCGAAGGAUGUUUUCUUCUAAAACGAAACCAGCAGAUGAGCAGAGUAUAUAUGAAAAGGAGAGAAUAGCACAUGCAAAGCAGAUCAUAAAAUUACACCGCCAGUAUUACACGCCUGAGAAGCUGAAGGAGAUGUCUCAGCUAAUGCUGAAGGAACCUACGCAUUGUGAGGCAAACCCUGACCUGAUCUUUGAAGACAUGGAAGUUAUGACAGAUUUUGAACUACAUGUACUUUGUAAACAGUAUCAACACAUUAAUAGUUACCAGUUAGACAUGGAUUUAAUUUUAGAUUCUGGAAAAUUCCGAGCCUUAGGAUGCAUCUUGUCUGAGUUGAAACAGAAGGGUGAUAGAGUUGUAUUAUUCAGCCAGUUUACCAUGAUGCUGGAUAUAUUAGAGGUUCUGUUAAAACAUCAUCAACAUAGGUACCUCCGAUUAGACGGGAAGACUCAGAUUUCUGAAAGGAUCCAUCUAAUUGAUGAGUUUAAUACAGAUAUGGAUAUCUUUGUAUUUCUCUUGUCAACUAAAGCUGGUGGAUUAGGAAUAAAUCUGACUUCAGCAAAUGUCGUUAUACUUCAUGACAUAGAUUGCAAUCCAUACAAUGACAAACAAGCAGAAGACAGGUGCCAUAGAGUUGGUCAGACUAAAGAAGUAUUAGUUAUUAAAUUAAUAAGCCAAGGAACUAUUGAAGAGUCCAUGCUAAAAAUUAACCAACAAAAGUUGAAACUAGAGCAAGACAUGACCACAGUAGAUGAAGCUGAUGAAGGAAGUGUGCCGGCAGAUAUAGCCACAUUACUAAAAACAUCAAUGGGCCUGUGAAAGGAGAGCUCGGAAUUCCUGAUUGACGAGGAAAUAUCAACUUGGUGCAUUCAAGGACAUUCACAUCACAGCGACCACGGGGUUUAUGAGCAUUUGUAACUUUUUAUAAUUUCAUGUUCCAUUUCACAUAGUAUGGACAACUUUUUGCCACUAACUGGAUUCUCCAGAUACUCACUUCCUGAAGAUGUUGAAUAAUCAUUUUUCAAAGCAGUUUUCUGAAUGGGGAUUAGUUGGUGAUUGUUUGUAACAAAUAUGCUAAUGCUUUAGAAAUGUCAGUAUUUUUGUAAUUAUUUCUACCUCCAAAUAUAUAUACAUAUAUAUAUAUUGUCUUUCACUGGAUAAUGUGUGUAGAUUUACAUGUGCCUUAUUUGACAAUGUUUGUCUUGUUUUGCCUGUCUGAUUUGAAGUUUUUAUUAUGUUAAAGAAUGCAGCUGUAUAGGUUGUUUAGUCUUCAUUUUAUUGCUAUUUGAAGCAGAUGUUCACCAAUGUCAGUAAGAAUUCAGCCUGAAUCAAAAGGUGGCAUUCCAUCUACUAACAUCCCCAGGUCCUCUUCCUCCUCCUGUUAGAACACAUUUGUUUGGCUAGGCACUAAGUUGUUUUCCAGUGAGUAGGAACUGAAGCCUUUGUCCUGCUCUGGGGCUCAGUUCCUUCUUUGCACCUCUGGCUCAUUAACUCUGCCUACUCUUGUGUGUGUUACCAUCAGCUUCCUCUCCUACUUUUGCUUCUCUUAACCAUUGCCCAGUCACUUUUGCUCCAGUUUUCUCUCACACAUUUCCUACUGCUGUAUCACCAAGAUCAGCAGAUGAUGGUAGCAUUUUUCUAGUCCAGCAGAACAGAUUAACUUAAAGCUACUUCACUUUAAAGGAAACUAGAUGUGACUUCAUAAUUAAGGUAGCAUUAGGUACUGCAUGGAAAUAGGUCAUUAACAUUAAAUUCUUAACAAAAUAUAAUUUAUCAGUUCCCAGGAUUUCCAGUACAGGACCACCUGAAGAGAAGCCAUUGUUCAAUUCCAGUUCAGUGUGGGUGACAAAGUGAAAUUUAGAAGUAAAAUUGUCUAUUUGCUAUUUCAGUCUUUAUUAACUUUUCAUUUAAAUUUUGCCUGUCAGUCUAUAUUGCUGUUUUUAUUAUACACCAGAUUCUUUGUAUAACUUGUGAGUUUUAUGUGUUUUGUUUUAUAAUGUAAAUAUCAUUAUAAAUAAACUUAUUUAUAAAUGAGAGAUUUGUUAAUUAUUGGAGCUCAUACUUUUCAAGACGUCCUGAGGCUAAGGUGCUAGGUAAACUCUUAGAUGGUUGACACGACCCUACAGUGCUUUUUUUUUAGGUAUCUGAGACUGAACUCCUGACUCAGUAGAUAUAAUAUUGAAGAUAUAUGAGUAUAUCAGAUAUAUCUCCCCACUACAGGGCUACCAGGAAUCUGCAGGUGUUAAUGCUACCUCCUUGUGAUCACAGUACCCAGGUCGCUUAGUUAAGUUGUUGGAAAUCGUACCUUUUAAACCCACAGUGAAUUUCUCUUUACUUUUCUGUAUGAAAUGUAUCUCCCGUAGUAGGCUCAUUGGUUCUGGUGUUGUUAUAUCUGAAUUUCUUCUAAUGAAAUGUAGUUGGAUUCUCCCUGUAAUAUUCUAUUAUUAUGUCUUGGGUUUAAUAAAAAUAUUUGU